CCUCCCAUCUCCAAACCAACCCAGGCAGCCGUCCAACACAACACAAGCUAAGCUAUUAGAGCUAAGCUCACCCCUGCUUCCGCUCAUCAUCUUGAUCACCUUCUCCUACAUCGAUCUCGUGAUUGCUAGUAGAGAGCUAACUAGACACAGUAGAUUAACAGCUAGAUAUAUUUAAGAAUUCUUCAUUUCUGAUCAGUAUAUAGCGAUGGAGAAGGUGAUGAUGAGCAGGAAGCCGGGUGACUGGAGCUGCAGGUCGUGCCAGUACCUCAACUUCUGCAAGCGUGACGCUUGCCAGCGGUGCGGCGAGGCGAAGCUGGGCACGGAGCGGGCGGACUACGCGGCCAUGGGCGGCAGCUGGGAGGUGAAGCCCGGCGACUGGUACUGCGGCUGCUGCGGUGUCAACAACUACGCCAGCCGCGGAAACUGCUUCAAGUGCGGCGCCGCCAAGACCGACUCCGCCGCCGUCGCCCAGAACUGGGGGUUCAACGCCGCCGGCCAGGCAGGAUGGAAGUCGGGCGACUGGAUAUGUCCAAGAGUGGACUGCAACGUGCAAAACUACGCCAACAGAACCGAGUGCUUCCGCUGCAAUGCGCCUAAAUCAUACUACGGUUAAGCAGUCACGCCUAGAAACAAAAUUGAAAACAGAAGUAUUGGAGCAAAUAUGGAUGAGAUUGAUCAGCCAACAAUCACUCGCCCCAAGGAUUUUUCCUUUUUUUCCUUUUCUUUUUUUCUCCUAAAGGAAAACUCUCGAUAACUCGAGGGUUAGUCAUGUGGAAGAGCUGUAACAACAGCCGCUGAGAAAAGAGAGAUAAACGUGUGUGUUUGGGUGUGGCUGAUGACAAAUAUCCGAUUUCCCUUUUUCAGUAAAAAUAUAUAGUUCGAGAAGAGAAAAUAGAAAAUUCUAGUUUCGCUUCA